UCUAACCCCACAUGUAGCUCCACCUUAACAGUCACGUACUAGAUCCACCUUUCUCUCUCCAUCCAGUACGGUUAAGAAGUAUAAAUACAUCUGAUAAACAGCCGACAAUGAACACUUAUCAAACAUACGAGCAGACAGGUGACUUCUCUUUUAACUUCAACAGACCUUGUGACAAUGGCUAAGAUUUGUGGAGGAUGGAGUGAGCCACAGGAGGCCACUGAGGAAACUCAGAAGAUUUGUGAUCAGGUGAAGGACCAAGUGGAGAAAAUCACAGACCAGAAGCAUCAGGUAUACAAAGCAGUUCUAUACAGGGAACAGGUUGUGGCUGGACAGAACUUCCUCAUCAAGGUUUUUGCUGGAGAAGACGACUACCUCCACCUGUUUGUCUUUAGAGCACUUCCGUGUGAUGGAGGCAGGAUUGAGCUUAACGGUGUGGAGCAGCACAGAACCAAAGGAGACCCCCUCGAACCUUUUAUGAACUGAUUAAACAACCUGUUUCAACAGUUGAGAAGAGGCUGCGGCCUCAUAUUAAAAAGUGUUCUACUUCUUAGACCUGGAAGGAUUUUACAUUGAAUUUAAAUGGAACAACACAUUGAAAAUAUUUUGUUUGGGAAGCACCAUGUUGAAUGUACAACCUUCUACUGAAAU